AUGGGUUAUAGGCCGUGUUUGGAUUUCAGUGAGAAAUACAGUAAGGAAAGUGGUGAGAUUGUUAAGGACAUGACAAAAUAUUUGAUGGUGGUGGUUUCAGGAGGAAUGAAUCAACAGAGAAAUCAAAUUGUUGAUGCUGUUGUGAUUGCAAGAAUUCUUGGGGCUACUCUUGUUGUGCCCAUCUUGCAAGUUAAUGUCAUCUGGGGUGAUGAAAGUGAAUUUUCUGAUAUAUUUUAUUUGGAACAUUUCAAGAAUGUUUUGGCAAAUGAUGUUAGAAUAGUUUCGUCACUUCCCUCUACGCAUUUGAUGACAAGGUCAGUCGAGGCGAAAAGAACUCCACUUCAUGCUUCUCCCGAGUGGAUUCGCUCAUGCUAUCUUAAGCGGAACAAUAGAUGCUGCAAACUUCUUGUAAAAAAACAACGCCACGUUCAGAUUAGGUUUCUUACCAAAAUGGAUAAGGAGAAAAUCGAGGAAUUGAAGAUCCAAAUGCAGAAAUGGUUGGAUGAGGCUCAAGAAUUUAUUCAAAAAGUUUCGCCAAACGAGAUUUACGCUGCAAUUGGAGUAGUCGUAUUCACCAUAUUUCUCUUCAUAAUAAUUCGAUUAUUCAAGCGUAAAUCAUCUAAUACCAUUGCAUUAACGGGGCUUAGUGGAAGUGGAAAAACUGUUCUCUUUUACCAGCUUCGAGAUGGCUCCUCUCAUCAGGGUACUGUGACAUCAAUGGAACCAAAUGAUGGUACUUUUGUGCUACACUCCGAAACAACCAAGAAGGGGAAAUUAAGGCCUGUUCAUCUUGUUGAUGUUCCUGGACAUUCCCGUCUUCGACCCAAACUAGAUGACUUCUUGCCUCAAGCAGCGGCAAUUGUUUUUGUGGUGGAUGCUGUGGAAUUUUUACCAAAUUGCCGUGCUGCUUCAGAGUACCUAUAUGAUAUUUUGAUCAAGGCAAAUGUAGUGAAGAAAAAGAUUCCACUAUUACUCCUUUGCAACAAGGUGGAUAAAGUUACUGCACAUACAAAGGAUUUUAUCAGAAAACAGCUGGAAAAGGAAAUUGAUAAGCUUCGUGCAUCAAGAACCACACUAUCUUCAGCAGACAUUGCUAAUGAGUAUACACUCGGGGUACCUGGAGAAGCCUUUGGGUUUUCUCAGUGCCAAAACAAAGUGACAAUUGCAGAAGCAUCUGGUUCAACUGGCGAUAUAUCUCAGUUGGAGCAAUUUAUCAGGGAGCAUGUAAAGCCUUGA